UUACUCUGUUAAAUAACCUUUGAGGCCGUGGACUGUAUCAUUCUCAAACUUUCACCGGCUUUGCGCAUCGAUCUCUCGGGUUCGUUUGUGGAAUUGAAAAUGUCUCAGGCAGCUGUGGAGGUUCCACCUAAGGGUGGAUUCAGCUUCGAUUUGUGUAGACGCAAUGAUAUGCUUUCUAAGAAAGGCGUUCCGCUACCGUCUUUUCGCAAGACCGGAACAACUAUAGUCGGUCUAAUUUUUCAGGAUGGUGUUAUUCUAGGGGCAGACACAAGAGCCACCGAAGGGCCAAUAGUUUGUGAUAAGAACUGUGAGAAAAUUCAUUACAUGGCACCUAAUAUUUAUUGCUGUGGAGCAGGAACUGCUGCUGAUACAGAGGCUGUAACAGAGAUGGUCAAUUCACAACUGCAGCUGCAUCGCUAUCACACUGGUGGUCGAGAAUCAAGGGUUGUCACAGCUCUUACACUUUUGAAAUCUCACCUUUUCAACUACCAAGGUCACGUUCAAGCUGCUUUGGUGCUUGGUGGAGUUGAUGUUACUGGUCCACAUUUGCACACUAUCUACCCUCAUGGAUCAACAGACAGUUUGCCAUUUGCCACAAUGGGUUCUGGUUCCCUUGCUGCAAUGGCUGUUUUUGAAUCGAAGUACCAUGAAGGGCUGACAAGGGAAGAAGGAAUAAAUUUGGUGUGUGAGGCAAUUUGCUCUGGUAUUUUCAAUGACUUGGGAAGUGGAAGCAAUGUAGAUAUUUGUGUAAUAACUAAGGGGCACAAGGAGUACUUGAGAAACCACCACAUGCCAAAUCCUCGAACCUAUUUCCAUUCCCAAGGAUUUUCAUUUCCCAAGAAGAUAGGUUAAUAGUUCUAUCCUAACCGUUGCUGCCUAUCAUUUGCCUUGUAGAA